AUGAAGUCUCUCAGCCUUGCAGUCAUCGCGCUGCUGGGCGCCGGCCAUCAAGCCGUAGCCCAGAACAUGUUGCGGUUUGCCUGUUCACAGCUCGUCGUCGACCGUGUUGACCCACUGGUGAACCCUGGCAUGGUCUUCACUCCUCACCUUCACCAGAUCGUCGGUGGCAACUCAUUCAACGUGACGAUGGACCCCAGCAAUGACCCAGCGACGCAGUCCUCCUGCACGAGCUGCAGCUUUACCCAGGACAAGAGCAACUACUGGACCGCGGUGAUGUUUUUCAAGGCAAAGAACGGGAGCUACCAUCGCGUGCCUCAGGUUGGCAACGGCGGACCUCAGGGAAAGUUGAUUAACAACGGCGGCCUGGAUGUUUAUUAUAUUCCUAGCGGGAAGACAACUGCCUUCGCGAAGGGUUUCCGUAUGCUCGCUGGCAACGCGGCCAACACGAACCCCAGCAAGGUCAGCUCGGGCAACAUCUGCCAUCGAUGCUGGACCUCGGCGAGUGAGGACAACUUUGUCGGCGGUGCGCCAUGCUCUGGCUCUGACACGGUCGAGAUCCCGACCGGUUCAAAUUGCCAAAUGAUCCGACAGACCAUCAUCUUUCCCGCAUGCUGGGACGGCAAGAACCUCGAUAGCCCCAACCAUCAAGACCACGUUGCCUAUAGCGGCUCCGGUGCAACCGGAGGCGGCUCCUGCCCGUCCACGCACCCUGUCAAACUUCCGCAGAUCAUGUACGAGUUGAUGUGGAAUGUCACAAUGUUCCAAAAAGACCGCAGCAUCUGGCCAACAGAUGGCUCCAACCCCUUCUCGUACAGCAUGGGCAUCGGGGGUGCUGCCGCCCAUGGUGACUACGUUUUCGGUUGGGAGGGCACCUCUCUUCAAAAGGCCAUGGACAACGGCUGCAAUCUCAACCGGGACUGUCCUGCAGCCGGCCUCACUGCCCAGUCUGCCGAUAAAUACAACGCCUGCACCAAGGCUCAGCAAGCCAAGGAACCUGUUGACGGAUGGCUACCAGCUCUCCCCAUGGGCGGAAUGAUGGCUAAACGAUGA